GAUAGGACCAAGCCUAUUUAGCCCAUCCCAAAUGCAAUAAAAAAAAAAGCGGAUUCAUUUUGCAGAAGCAACAAAAGUUGGAACAUAAGUUUCAGAAAAUCAUGUUUGAUCGACACCGAAGUGCACGUGUGAAGAAAUGGCGGAUUACGAGAAAUGUGAAGAUUGUUCGUUCGAUGAUGGGGAAGAUAGGCAAAAGGGCGUUUGUCUGAUAAAAGAGGAAUUUAUUAUCGAGGACCAUGUGAGGCAGUUGAGUGAACAGUGCUUAACGGAGACCGAUAAGCAGAAGGUAUCUGCGGAUGCAGGUACAGAAGAUACAGAUGCAUCAUCGUGGGACGAGGUACCUGUUAAAAAACCUAAAUUAGAUGACAAGAGAGAGAAGCUCAGAGGUCAAAAUAAGGCGAGGCCACCUCCGUUCAAAGCUCCCAGGGAAUUGAGUCUGUGCCCAUGGAUCGCGGAUCAAACGGCAAAUGAACCUGAGAGGAAAUGCUCGAAUGAGCGAUGCACUUUCCUGCACGAUCGAAAGGAAUAUCUGAAGAUUAGGCCGGAAGACAUAAGCACGGAAUGCCAUACUUUCAAUUUGACCGGCAAGUGCCCGAGGGGAAUUACUUGUAGAAUGGGCUCGCGACACUUGACCGAGGAUGGUUUCAACAUCAUCGAUGAGAAGAGACUCGAGGAAUACAGCAAGUGUUCGCCAACCAUAAAAAAUCACUUAUCUAAAGAUGUACAAAGUAAAUUGCGUAAGCGAAAAUACAAUUUUUCCAAGGCGGAGGCAAUCGUCAAAGCCAACGGUCCGUCUAGGAAAAAGACGCAACCGCAGAGUUCGAAUAGUAAAAUGAGGAACGAGAAUGAUACAAAAUUAGACAAGACUAAUAUUUCCGACAACAGCAACGGCGAGAAGGUGGAGAAAAAUAUUUCCGUCGGCAUGAAUGACGAAAAAAUGGAAACGGAUAGUUCUGAUUGCCAUGUCUCAGAUGAGUCGAAGGAAUUGAAGAUCGGACCCGUGGACGACAGCGAUUUGAUCAGAUUGCGACAGUCGGAGAAGAAGACGAUCGACUGGAGCGACAAGAUACUGCUCAGUCCUUUGACUACGGUGGGCAAUCUACCGUUUCGAAGGAUCUGCAAGGAGUACGGCGCGGACAUCACCUGUGGCGAGAUGGCAUUGGCGCCGAAGAUACUGAAGGGCACGCAGGAGGAAUGGGCAUUGGUGAAACGGCACGAGAGCGAGGAUAUCUUCGGCGUGCAGCUCUGCGGCAAUAAUCCGGGGGUGUUGACGCGGUGCGCUCAGCUGCUGAACCGCGAGAUCGACGUGGACUACAUCGAUUUGAAUCUCGGGUGUCCAAUCGAUCUGAUUUACAGACAGGGCGGCGGCAGCGGUAUGCUCAAUCGAUUGAACGUACUCGAGACCGUGGUAAAGUCUGUUAGCCAAGUGUUGGACAUACCCUUGUCCGUUAAGACCAGAACUGGGGUCUACAUAGACAAACCGAUCGCGCAUAAUCUAAUGCCGAAGUUUCGAGACUGGGGUGUGUCCAUGAUUACCGUUCACGGCAGGUCGCGUGAGCAAAGAUACACGAAACUGGCCGACUGGGAGUAUAUAGAAAAGUGCGCGGUAGCGGCACAGCCGGUACCCGUGUUUGGAAACGGCGAUAUCCUGUCCUUCGAUGACUAUCGUCGUGCAAAAGAGACCUACAGCACAGUGCAGGGGAUCACCAUCGGACGCGGUGCGCUAAUCAAGCCGUGGAUCUUUACCGAGAUAAAGGAAAAAAAGUUGAUCGACAUAUCGAGCUCGGAGAGAUUCGGCAUUCUUAGAAAGUACGCAAAUUACGGGCUGGAGCAUUGGGGAUCCGACACCCGCGGCGUCGAAACCACCAGGAGAUUCAUGCUGGAGUGGAUCUCUUUUCUUCACAGGUAUAUUCCUGUUGGAAUUUUGGAGAGACCACCGCAGCGGAUCAACGAGAGACCACCGUUCUACCGAGGCCGCGAUGAUAUGGAGACGCUAAUGGCCAGUUCCAACUGUGCCGAUUGGGUGAAAUUAUCCGAGAUGUUACUCGGAAAAGUGCCUGAUGGAUUCCAUUUCUUGCCAAAGCACAAGGCGAACUCGUGGAAAUAAUCUACUGCGG